CAAACUCAAUUGGACACGGACGAUUGUGUGGCUGUAACGCCCACCGGUAUCCUGAUACUACACUUGAAUAAGGAAACCUACCAAUCGCUAGGGCUCGAGGGUAAAAUAUCUCAGUACGCUCGCAAAAGAAACAGUAAAUACGCGAAACGAUAUGCCUAAGCUUGGUCAGCCGGUUCGGCUAGAGCUGCUAGCCUUGAAACAGACCGCCACGCGGCUGUGCCAGAUCGCUGAUAUGUUAAUGCCGAUAAUGCUCGUCAGCAAGCAGGACAAUAAUGAGUCUCGAAAACUUCUCAAAUCAAUCGUAUUCGAGCUGCGCGAUGACUUCGACCAUUGCAUUCCGAGUCACCUGUUUGACGAAAUGGGAACGGAAUUAAUUCGCCAGAUCAUGGAGCUGAUCGACCGCGUCAAACAGGCACUGGAUAUUCGCGCAUCGAUGGCGAAGUUUCUAUGCCAGGUGAAUGUGGCUAUUGCGAUGUCCGAAGUUUUAUUAUCACGAAAACUUCGUGUUCUUCAAAUCGAACUGAUGCCGAAGAUGAUGCGCCAUGUGUUCUAUUCAAGGAUGAAUGAUCUGAAAGGUCUGCGUUACCUGAGCUUGGGAUCGAUGAGCGGGGGAUGGAAAACGAGUGACAUGGAAAGCACUAUCAUUAAGGGCGUGGCGACAAUGAAGCAUCUCAAGGCGCUGACAUUAAAUUACGACUGCACGGAUGGAGUUUUACGAGCCUUAACGAAAAGCUGCCCUAACUUGGAGUAUGUAGAUUUUUCUAAUUCCAAAUGUGUUACCAACGAUAGCAUAGAUAUCCUUGCUAAACUCAAAAAUCUAAAGGUUGUAAUACUGACGAGAACACAGGUCACAAUUUCUGGAAUGAUUGAGUUGCUGAUAAAAGCUAAAAAUCUCACCGACAUCGGCCGCUAUGAUGAUCUUGGCAGAUGUCUUGAGUUCAUCGAUCAGAACUAUCCACAAAUUAGUAAUCUGAAGCUACGAAAGUUUGAGACUCGCUUUGCGACAACUCGCCACAUUCAGCUGUUAGCAGAGCUUUGUCCCGAUGUAAAUUACGUGUCACUCUUCCACAACACAUUGUUGAUAGAUCUGAUGUCUCUGAUAGCACUCAAUAGCCUUUCCGAGCUGUAUUUAUUGUCCUGUGAUUUCUUCGCCGAUCAAGUUCGUGACGUGCUACAAGUGAAGGGAUGUAAUCUAACCCACUUACAUCUGGAACACGUGGAGCAGAUUGAUAUGAACGCUCUCAUAUACAUUAGUCAAUACUGUCCAGAUUUAAAAACCCUAUCGCUGUACAAUUGUGUACUAAUUCCGUCGACUUCUCUGUAUACCAGACGGUACGCCAUACCCCCAUUCAUGAAUCUAGAGCGCCUGUCUUUCGUUAGUCAAUGUCCUCCGAAGCAUUUGGAGUUUAUUUUGGCUACGGCUCUGAAGAUCAGAUUCAUCCAACUGGGAACCCAGGUGUACACCAGCGACGAGAUGUUUGAGAAGAUUUUCCUUCGUAAUCCUCUCCAAUAUCUGGAGGACAUUCGGAUCAUCAAUUCGGAAGAACUUACGAUCGAAACGGCAUAUCGGCUGAUCGAGAGGUGUCCCAAUCUCGUUCUGCUGAAUGAAAUUGAGUGCUGGAAGAGAGUCAAAGAGUACGAAAUCGUGCAGCUGCGACAAAUGAUCCGCGAAAAGAACUUCGCUGUGCGUACAGCACCCCUCAGACAAUACGCGCAGGAGUAAAACGAGAUGGUUUGGAAUUAUACAUACCUUUGAACAUAGUUCGACGCACCUGAUAAACGACUGUUUACGUCUACCGUAAAAAGGCAGAAACUGAAAUGAUUUUAGCUGAUCUAAAUAAUGGAGAGUUGAAGAUUGUUGAUUUGGUAAUACAAAUACACAAAUCUUAACUCAAAAUACACCGCAAUAAGAUUGACACGAUAAAAAAAAUUGUUUGUGUUUGAUAAAAUAUAAGAUUGAUAUGAACUUUUUACAAA